UCAAAGUGACAGCAAAGUGCACCGAUCUCUCGGUCAAGUGAAAUUGCAUUUUGUUUGCGGCAAAAUUCCUUGCAAAGUCCUCCCCGUUUUACCUGUGAAUUUCGUGAAAUUGUACCUAUCGUGGUCGUGAGUGCUAGGAAGUGAGUGGUGUUGUUAAAAUGGAGGCGGCUCCACGGCUUCCCAUGCUAUGGUUCCCGUUGAAAUUCAGUCCGGAGGGAACGUCGUUCAAUAGCUUGAAAAAGUACAUUGCAGAAUGCUACCAAGAAAACCCAGAUUCAUUCUCCAAAGAAGUGUAUGCCCUCGAAACCCUUCGAAAUGCAGCCAUGCAUCCAACAAAAGAUGUCGCAGGCUGCGCCACACUCAAAAGAUAUUACUGUCAACUCCAUUCACUCGCGAAUCGCUUCCCCCAAGUUCUAGAGCGAAAUUUAUUCACAUUCACAUGGAAAGAUUUGUAUGUUAACAACGCCUACGAAGUAUCUGACUUUCGCUAUGAAAUGGCUGCAGUCCUGUUUAAUAUCGCCGGCCAUCACACACAAUUGGGAGCCUCAGUGAAUCGAUCGGAUCCGGAUGGAAUGAAGUUAGCUUGCACACAUUUCCAAAUUGCCGCUUGGUCUUACGGCGAACUGCGCGAGAAAUAUCAAGGAAUUAAUUCAAAUAAUGAUUUUAUGACUCCGGAACUAUUGCUGUUUAUGCAACAGGUUUCAUUUGCACAGGCUCAAGAGUGCAUUUUAGAAAAAUCAUUGAUCGAUAACCGGAAACCGGCCAUUGUAGCUAAGGUGACUGCUCAAAUCGUCAGCUACUACGGAGCGGCACUGGCUGCAAUGUUGUCAGGUGGCGAUGACGGAACCAUUGGUGAUAUCGUAGGCAGUAGUGUUUUCAAAGACUGGAAGAAAUAUGUUCGGUUCAAAAUUGCUUAUUUGAAUAGCAUCCUCUUUUUAUACCAAGGCCAACAGGCAGAGGAACAGCAAAAAAUGGGUGAACGAGUUACAUUGUUUCAAGCUGCUUCCGACAACCUAGAAGAGGCUCGAAAAGAAAGCAAAGGAUUGUCCGAUCAAAAGGAAAUCAUUGAAGCACUUACAUUCACCACCGAUGUUGUAGAGGGCAAGCGAAAAGCUGCCAAAAACGAAAAUGAGUAUAUUUACCACGAAGCUGUACCUGAACUGAAGGAUAUUUCUGCCGUACAGGGAGCAAAUUUAGUGAACGGAAUCAAUUUCAGCGUUACAGAUCCAGACGUUGCAGGUGAAGAUAUUUUCGCACGACUGAUACCCAUGAAAGCACAUGAGGCGAGCUCAAUGUACAGCGAAGAGAAAGCUCAACUACUUCGCCAAGUAGGCGGCAAGGUAACUGAAAAGGAUAACGAGCUGAAUACUUUCAUGAGCUCGCUUAACGUUGACAAUCUCAAUGUGAGUGAGGAGCGUGCAAAUAAAAUCCCUCAAGGGAUAGUUGAUCGUUGCGCAGCGAUUAACGCAAAACCUAACGCCAUUCCUGAUUUGAUUACUUCGAUGUCGAGCCUUGCUGAAAUUUGCGCCGAUGUAGAAACUAGUCUGAAGGAAAUCAAGGAACUGUUGAACAAGGAAGACAUAAAUGAGAGGAAAUACCAGCAAGAGUCUGGAGUUCAUAGAACUAAUGCACAUUUUACAGAGCUUUCAAGAGAAUUCCAGAAGUAUAUGGAAGCGCAUCAAAAGGCAGGCGAUAGUAAUGAUACUCUACGACGGGCUAUGGAACUCCACGUGAAUAAUCUACGUAUCCUGGCCAAACCUUUACAGGAAAUACAACAAAGUGUGCCUAAGCUUAGCGGUGAAGUAAAUGAGAAUGUAUUUCACGAUCUAAAAUUGAUUCUUAACAAGGUCAAUGAGAUGAAAGCACAACGUGCUCAGUUCUGUGCGGAUUUACGAAUCGCUAUCAACGAUGACGACAUUACCUCGAAAAUUAUCGCACACGGCGAGGAAAACGAUGUGAAAGAGCUUUUCAAGAAGGAAAUCGGAAAGCAUGACAAAUUGGUUGCUUUAAUUGAGCAGAAUUUGAAAGCACAAGAUAAUAUUCUCGCUGCACUUACCGAGCAUUAUGCACAGACGGCUCCCGUUUUAAAAACUAUAAAUGAUGUUAAACACAAGCGCGAUAAUUUCUUUUCGUCGCUAGCAGCUUCGUACGAUGUUUACGAAGAUCUUCUUGCCAAGAGUGCAAAAGGAUUGGAAUUUUACAAGAAGUUGCAAGGCAAUGUACAAAAAUUGCUAGCGCGUGUAAAAGCGGCAUGUGAUGUUCAAAACGAAGAUCGUCAGCAACGAAUGAAUUCUAUGAGGCCGAAAGCAAGCACCAAUGUUGGUCUUGGAAUUACUACUCCAGCUUCAAAGUCAACGGCACCCAAACUCAAAGACUAUUUGAAAUCGGGGAAGCUACCAACCUCUGAUGCAACAUAUAUUCCACCGAUUCGCCCUAGUCCACUUGGCUCGGAAGCGACUCCUUCGUCGGCGUGUGCUACUUCAACUCCAACGUAUUACACAGCACAAUCACAGAUGCCUCACAUACCAAACGAUUAUCCACCACCACCAUAUACGCCUCCCACGCAACAGUAUUACGAUACUAAUGGAUAUACUAAUCCCAUCUACCAAAACAAUCAAAUACCGGCUGCAGGAGUGAAGUAUGAUUACAACUACUCAGGCUACGAUCAACAGAUGCAAUAUCAAAACCAAAUGCAGGCCUAUCAAAAUCCGCAGACCUCAGCAGCAUCCUCAAUUUCCAGUCAUUCCAUUACACAAGCAAACACUGCGACGGCACAACCAACAAACCAGCAUUAUCAGUAUCCGCCAGCUGUAACCCCUGAGCAACCAGCUAACAUGUCAUAUCAAGCUAAUGCGAACUAUUCGUAUGGCACUCACGCAACGGAUGCACAGACAUCCUACCCCAACCAGACUGCAAAUUAUAUGCAACCCUAUCAACAACCAACUUCUCAGCAACAGAGCCAACAACCGCAGCAAUAUCAUUACCCUCAACAGGUACAGCAGCCUCAAUUAACCCCAGCACCUUCUCCUUCUCCAUCGUUCUCUUCAAUAACACCACAAAUAAACCAAACGCCAACCCAAUCGACCUGGACACCGACCUCAAUGACUACUGCUUUCGAGAAUUUGUCGAUUCAAAACAGUGCGCCAGCCGUAACGAACUUUCCAAGUACUUGGAACACGAAUGUGGCACAGCCAGCUGCAGUUCCAGUUGAUACUGUAAGUCAACAACAAAAUGCAGUACAAUUGCCUGGAACAGUGGUACCGUCAACAAAUACUUGGAAUUCUGCUGUUCCUAGUACAGCAGCUCCAGUGCAAGAGACUCAGCAACCAAACUCUGCCACAAUAUCUUAUCCUACGUAUCCCGCCACUAAUCAAGGGCAGACAAAUGAAUCUCAAAAUGUUGGAGUAUACCCUCAGCAACCUCAACAACAGCCUAUUGAGUACGUUCAGUCUCAUGCCGCUGCUCAUCAGAUACCGUAUGUGUCUCAGCCCGCAGUUUACAGUUACACUCAAGCUGAAACUGCUCAGUAUAAUGGAACUGGGUAUCAGGAUGCUGUUGUGCCACCCAGCGCGUACCCGUCUUACACCACAGCGACGGCAACAAACACGGUCGAUAGUAUUUCAACCACUCCUGCGAUGGGAGCAACAGUCACAAAUCAAUAUUCUGCGACAACUAACGACACAAUCCCGCAAACUUAUCCACAACAAAUGCAAUCUACUGAUAACUUAAAUCAGGGAGUUACUUCAGGUUAUUAUAACGCAGCGAAUGCUUACCAAGCCGCAGGUGUGCCUUACUCACAACCUACACCCGAUCCAAUGAUCAGUGCGAACUUGCAACAAAAUUAUAACAACUCAAACCUCCCGAACGCAACGAGUUAUAGUCAUAGCACUGUAAACGCAUCAGCACCACAAGCCACUCCUCAAGCUGCUCCUGCUCCUUCCAAUCAACAACAGUCUGUGACGAAAAAACCGGCGCCCAAAUCAAAGACAACUAAGAAAUCAUCAAAUAUCGACCUUUUAUCGGAAAUUGACUUUUCUGCCAAUUUACCCACGCCGCCUCUUCAACCACAAGUGGCGUCCUCAAAGAAAGCUGAAAGUCCAACUCCUAGUGGUCAAGAACCUUUGAAAUCCACUCCAUUACAACCAGAACCCGUUGCCCCAUCCCUCACACAACCGAAGCCUCCUGAACAACCACCAAGCAAAGUUGAACCCCCACCAACUCCUACCAUACCAUCAUCAAUUGACCGCAAGCAAAGCUGUGAUAACAUUUCAAUAUGCUCAGACCUGAGCUCCCUCGCCGAUCACAGUUUCGAUUGGGAUAGUGUUUCGUUACGUAGUGAAGCAAUUCAGUCAAACGUUCCCUCAUCCGCCAAUCAGCAAAUUGGAACUGAAGGCAGCGGAGCGGCUACUACUACUACUACAAUUCGAAACCCUUUCGAUGACCCCAAAAUUCUCAAAUAUUUCCACAAGGAGGUGGAACGCUAUGAAAAGAUGAUUGAAAGUCUCAACGUGAAAAUGUUGAAUGGCAAUACACCGCUGGUGAAUAAGUGGAAGGAUUUACAGGACCUGCUAGUACGCGACGAAGCGAAACGCACGACAGCUAUUGCAAGAUUGUUCCCCGAGAAAAAUCGUUCCACCGAUUGCAUUCCCUUCGACCAUGCCCGUGUUGUUUUGCAACGAAGUACGGAUGACUACAUAAAUGCGGCUUAUGUGAAGUUUGACAAGGACACAAAUUUGGAUCUAGGACCUGGCUGCCCAACGUUCAUUAUGGCCCAAACGCCACUACAGAAUACGGUAAAUGACUUCUGGUCUAUGAUUUGGACACAAAAGGCGAGGACAGUGGUUUGCUUGCACACCCCCAACGAAAUUUUGGACACUUUUUGGCCCAAGGAACUCAACAAAGAAAUGAACUUCGAUGAUUUCUCUGUCACGCUGGUUAAGCAAUUCGAUUUGUCACAUUGCACUGAAUUGAACUUGAAAUUGACCAUGAAUGGGGCCGACGCUAUUUUGGAUUUGUCUCUGAUACAGAUCAAGGCUUGGACGAAAAGUUCGCCGGCACAGAUAUUAGGCAUAGCGCAAAAUAUCCUUGUAGCCUACAAGCAACGAAGUCAAGAAUUCAAUUCGCACGCUCCACUGAUUAUGAACUGUUUAACAGGCUCGGAACGAUCUGGUCUGAUAGCUUUGGCAAUUUGUGCUAUUUUGGCAACACAAACGAAGCGACCAAUCUUAAUAAAUGUAGUCGACGUUUGGUAUCGAAUCUGCUCACAACGAAAGAGUGCACUUCGAGACACCAACAAUCUCGAACUCUCCAUGCAAGUGGUUCUAAGUCAUGGCCACGAUUUAUUGAAUAAACGCGGCAUAAUGACAUCCUAUCAAAUGAAGAACAUCCAAAAAACAGCUGCAGUCGAGAAAGAGGAAAUCAAAGACCCUUUUAGCGAUCUCGACCCUCUAUGGAAGCUGAAACAGAAAACUUAGACAUGCAUUUACUCCAUUGUUUUUAAUUUAAAUAUAACGACUGGAAAAGUUCAACGCAGGCAUAUGAACGGACGAAUGCAGGAGAGGAGUUAUCUUUUUAGAUGGAAAAUUAUAAUUAACGUUAACAAACAAAAUGGAUACACAUUGCGAUUUAGGAAACGAACAAAGUGAAAGCUGCUAAUGAACGUUGUAAACGUACGGAAAACAUGGACUGCUAAUGGUAUCAGUGAUAAACGCCAGAAGAAAAAAGACUAAUAAUUGGUUAAACAAUACAAUCGGAUUGCAUUGCAUAUUUCUUAUUGAUAAUUAUUCAAAUUACUCUAAACACCGUUACUUUUCCGUUUUAUUAUUAUUUAUGAUCAAAUAGUGAUUGUUGUUAAAUUCUGAAGCUAACUUUCUACACACAUUCACGUUAUUAUUUAAUCUAAUGCAAUUUUAGAGGGAAUAUAUUAGAAAGGAGCAAAAAAAUUGAAAUAAUUAUACAAAAUGUAUUAUUUACAAACAAAAAUGGAAUACCUGUAACUGUGCUAUGUAAUAAUAAAUGAUAUUCUAUAUCAA